AUGGAGUUCACACCACUCUGCUUCAUGCUCUUGUCUUGCUGGUACGCAGGACUCUCUCAAGUUCUGGUCAGUCCCAGCAGAUCUCAGUUCCUGAAGCGUGAGACUGUCUCCCUGAGCUGUGAGGAUCAGGGGAGCUCUGCUGGAGGGAGGGUGAGGAGGAGGACAGAGAGUGCAGGGCUGCAGACCUGUCCUUCUCACUGGGGAAUCUCAUCAGGCUCCUCCUGCAUCAUCAGCAUGCUGUACGCAUCAGACAGUGGAGUGUACUGGUGUGAGUCUGGCUCAGGGGAACACAGCCAUGCUGUCAACAUCACAGUACAUGAUGGAGCUGUGAUCCUGGAGAGUCCUGUCCUCCCUGUGAACGAGGGACAAGCUGUGACUCUACGCUGUAGAUACCAGACACCUCCCUCUGACCUCACAGCUGCCUUCUACAAGGAUGGAUCUCUGGUCAGGACUGAGGCUGCAGGAGAGAUGACCAUCCCUGCUGUGUCUACAUCUGAUGCAGGGUUGUACAGGUGCAGCAACUCUGAGCUGGGAGGAUCUCCAGAGAGCUGGCUGGCUGUGAGAGGUGAAGGUGUAGGUGUGUCUCCAUCUUUAUCUCCACCUCCAGCACCACCUCCUGGUCCAUCUCCACCUCCUACUUCACCUCCACCUCCAGCCCCCCUGCUGUCUCUGCCCAGACUGCUGUGUAGUAUCCUGGUGACCUGUCCCUACCUGGUGGUCACUGUCCUGCUGCUGGAGAUGUGCUGCAGGUCCAGAGGUGGGACUCCUGUUGAUAAAAAGAAGAGGAGCUAUGAUGAUGUCAUAGAGGAGGUAGAACCUGCAUAGUUCUACAGCUAGCCUAACCCCAAGCCUACUAACAUAUAUAUACAGUAUAUAUAUAUGUU